CUGAUCUUGCCGUGCGGACGUCCAGAACAAGCAGGCACUGUUUUUACAACUACACCUUCUGAUUCUACUGUGCGGACGUCAACAAGCAGACACCAUGCGGCUGAGACAGGACAAGUUUAUCCACAGUAACGAAAUUCCUGUACAACUACAACACGUCGUACAAAAUGCAUCGCAAAUUAACUCGCCAAUUUCUUAGAGCAAGAACAUGCUACUUGUCAUGCUCAAUAGGAUUGAGGGAACGUUUUGUCAUGCAGAAAGUGCAUCUGGACGAGUGCGGGGAAUUUGUUUGCCGUGGAUACAGUCCGACUUCAUCAUACACGUUGCAGGCUUCUCGGUUGUAUGCAGAGCAAAGUGUCGUACACGCACUCGUACUAAUUGGAGACAUGCAUUUUUUUGUGAAGGUGAAAAAUCCGCAUAUAAUGUUCCUGAUUUUCAUUUUCUCUCAACCUGCUGAGAAGAUUUGUCAUGCGGUUAUUUCCACUGGAACGAUAGCGAUACUUUUGCACAGGAUAGCUGUCAAAGCUGGAGUAUCGGAGAGUGCACGAUAGCUCCCGCUGCUCGACGCCCUCACAUGUGAUGCGUGAACAGCACCAGACGCAUCGGCGAGAGUGCAGCAGCUUUUGCAUGGCAAAGUCCUCGCUGCUGCACAGGAUUGCAGUGCUGCCGGGGGAUGUGGAUGAACCUGUCAUGCAUAAUAGUGACAAGACGGAAACAGACACAGAGUGAGAUGAUUGGCGUUCUUCUUUUGCAUGGGAAAUGGGAACGACGAGGGGCCGUUGUGCACUAUGAUAUGGUGCCCCUGGAGUUGUACCACCUGCAGAAGGAGCUGCAGGUGACCUAUGUAUCAAAUACUUCCCAACGUGUCUGGGUCUGGAAAAGUGCAGGAGUUUGUCAUGCAGGUUUUGGAUGCUUGGACCUUGCGAGCGCGAGGACUGGAGUGCAGUUUUCAGCAUCGCAGGUUUUGUAAGGUUAGGGUUUUGCUAUGCAUGUGCUUUUUCCUGACAGACAAUUCAAAUUCUCGCGACCGCAGGAAGGCCAAAGAUGAGCAUCUUGUGCUAUACCUAGUACCCGGGCGAGAAAACGAAAAGUUUUUGCGUGAUGAUCCUGAUCUACAACUACAGGGCGCAUUACAACUUGCAGUUUUCCAGUCACCCAGACUACAUAUUUGCACUGCAUACUACUUGGCGAGGGUCAAGAAGAACAUCUACGAAAUUGCUCGACAACAGCAGGAGCAGGACGAGCCGCUAUCCAACAAAAAAAGUUGUGCGGUGAUGUGAGCACUUAUUGUGACGCGCAACAUGCAGUUAUAGAAUUGCGUCUGUCAUGGUGGUCGUGCAAAACACGCCCGCGCUCUAAUUGUGGACCCUGGGUCCAUAAUGAAAGCGCAUGAGUGUCAGAUUUGUAAAUGCAAAAGCAAAUGCUGUUCUGUAUAUAAAGAAACUUACACCUCAAAUCCUUUUUUCUUGGACAGCCGCUGGGUGGUUUUCCGAAAAAGUCCCCCGCACAAGAGUCUGAUGUUGCUGGAGGGACCAACGUAUUCAUUGCAAAUGUCUCAAAUAAGUCUGGAAGUUGAAGAACGCAUCAAACCUGUGACGCUAACUCCAAAGCACAUGAAAAUAGCGCCAGAAGCAGCCCAUUUUUUUCCCGACUCCGUCGGGCAAGUUUCUCAAGCGGAAUAGACAGCAUGAGCCCUGCUCGUCUGCAAAACCUGUGGUGCUUUUGGGUGCACUUUUUGAGGCCAUUUGUGUGAAGAUGCAAAAGACACGUUGCAUAGGCAUAGCAAACGCAAACAUUGGCACUGUUCCAGACCCAGAGUCAUUUGCAUGUGAUAUUGCGGCGGCACCAAGCGGAAGACGUUCGCGGGGAAGCGAGCCGCCCGGUUAUGCAUUGCAAAACCAAAUCGAAAAGUACCUUCGUAGUUGAGCUUGUAUAGUAUAGUUUCCGUUGUAUGAAUUAUAGAACAAUUUAAUCUUUCUCAGGAGAAAAAAAAAAGGAAGCAGUAUGUCAUGCUGGAUCAGGGUCUCGAGUAUUAGUAGAUCAUGAUGUGAUUUGUCGUGCAUUAUAACGUGCAAGAAUCACUACGGGUAGUACUACGAUACAUUUGCAGUGGAUACCGGCGGACGAGGAACAACAUUGCACGAAACAAGGGCGACGCAGUUCUUCA